CUCUUCUUCUUCUCCAUGGAUGCUGCUCCUCAAGCUCCCGACCCCGGCCCCAACUAUCUUGCUCACCAACCCUAAUCCCCAACCCUCAUUAAAGCUUCCUCUUCUUCGAGAGAGAAGGCAUUGCCUCCUUUCUGUUUUUUUUUUUGGAUCUCGCUAUUCGCUUCUCUCUUCUUCGAAGCCUCGAAUCUCUCUCCAUUUGGCGAGCGAGAGAGAAAGCAUCCGAGCAGCACCGAAGGAUUUAAUCUUUGCUUGUAUCUCCGAGUGUCCUUUUCUGGUUGAUCGGCCUCUCAGUCACUAAGAAUUCUACAAUAUAAAUUGGUUCAAGAGAAGUGGGAGAAAUUGCACAUUCUCUACAAGGUGCCCACCAUUUCAUCUUUGGUGACUUCUGGUUGUGGUGAGAUGAGUUCAUCUCUUUGCUGAAACCAAAGAACACAUAUUUGAAUCAAAGGCUGCUGAAGAGCAUGCAAAGUUGUUGAGAAUCCAACAUGAGUUAGAGGUUUCAACAAAACAAGCAAUAUUCAUUGAUUCGAGCAUCAGUGAUACAAUUCGCACUUGUAUUAGCACGGGAAAUCAUCGAGCUGCAAUGAAAGUCAGAACUGAAUUUAAGGUGCCAGAGAAGAGGUGGUACUGGCUUAAAGCAUUGGCACUCUCUACCCGAGGAGACUGGGCUGCGCUGGAAAAAUUUUCCAAAGAGAAGAGACCACCUGGUGGUUAUAAACCCUUUGUUGAAGCAUGCAUUGGUGCUGAUGCGAAAGCUGAGGCUCUGAAGUACAUUCCAAAGCUUACAGAACCUAGGGAAAGAUCAGAGGCAUAUGCACGAAUUGGCAUGGCAAAGGAAGCUGCUGAUGCUGCAUCCCAGGCUAAAGACAGUGAAUUUUUUGGUCGUUUGAAGCUAACUCUAGGACAGAAUGCUGGUGCAACAUCAAUCUUUGAUAGUCUCAGAGACAGAUUAUCAUUCCAAGGAGUCUACUAGUGACCAUUUGUGCGUCCAAAAAAUAUAUUGGUAUAAUUCACGCUGACAACCCAUCAUGAGUAUUGCUUGCAUGUUCAAACAGCUUGAAGAUUUUACCAUCAGUUGUGUUCUCUGAUGGGUGUAAUUCAAGAAAAUUUAAAUAAAAA